AGUACCAGCUGCCUUUCAAUAUAGUGUGUUCGGAUCGGCGCUCGGUUGUGGUUGUGUGAUUUUAGUUCGCUCCCGUCGAUCCAUCCAGCUGGAUCGGUUUCUGAAAGGAGCUAUUAGGCCCAACGACGGCAACAUAUAAAUUAAAACUCGACGAGGACUGUGAAAUUAAUUGUGCAGGCUUAAGUGUAUAGGGCAUCAUGUUGCCCUUCUGGAAGCGGCUGCUGUACGCCGCCGUCAUCGCUGGAGCGUUAGUCGGUGCCGACGCUCAAUUUUGGAGGCAAUCUGGCAGCGGAGGCAUUCAACCGCCAUACCAGCCCAGGAAUCAAGAUGAUCAACGUUUCCCCAUCGACGAAAGUUACGAUAUUGUGGACUCCGCCUCGGUUCAGCGCGGAGCACCGCUACCGAAGAACUGUACGGCCGGAUACGCGGGCUGUGUGCCCAAGUGUAUAGCGGAAAAGGGCAACCGGGGUCUGCCAGGACCCUCGGGCCCCACAGGACCAAAAGGCGCGCAAGGAUUCCCCGGCAGCGAGGGUCCGGCUGGAGACAAGGGCCAGAAGGGCGACCCCGGCCCAUACGGACAACGUGGUGCUAAGGGAGAACGCGGAUUACAGGGAAUGCACGGUCUACCUGGUAUUGCCGGAAUUCCCGGUUCUGCUGGUAACCCAGGAGCUCCCGGUCUGAACGGCAAGGACGGAUGCGAUGGCAGUGCUGGACUUCCCGGUCUUCAGGGUCUGUCCGGAAUGCAGGGACCUCGCGGUUACCCCGGUGUAGCUGGUGCCAAGGGUGAGAAGGGUGAGCCGGCCAAGGAGAACGGUAACUACGCCAAGGGAGAGAAGGGUGAGCCCGGCUUCAGCGGUCGAUCUGGAUAUGCCGGACCCCAGGGUGUUCCCGGCGAGAAGGGAGAGCGCGGUGACACUGGCCCGUACGGUGCAAAGGGACCCCGUGGUGACUAUGGAUUGAAGGGAGAGAAGGGUGACUCCUGCUUCGGGCCCCUGAAGCCCGGCGAUAAGGGAGACAAGGGUGAGAAGGGAGAGCCGGCAGUGAAGUUGCCCACAACCGGAACCGAGGUCGUUCUCGGACCACGCGGUGAUGAUGGACAAAAGGGAGAGCCUGGCCUGCCGGGACGCAAGGGUGAGGCUGGACAGAUCGGUGACACUGGACUGGAUGGACAAAAGGGUGAGAAGGGUCUGCCCGGCGGCCCAGGUGAUCGUGGUCGCCAAGGAAACUUUGGACAACCAGGACCUUCUGGCCAAAAGGGAGAUCGCGGUGAAACUGGUCUGAAUGGUCUGCCCGGUAACCCAGGACAAAAGGGUGAACCCGGUCGAGCUGGCUCGACUGGUCAGCAAGGUCUGGUCGGUCCCCCUGGACCUCCUGGUGGUGGCCGUGGAACCCCCGGACCCUCUGGACCCAAAGGACCUCGUGGCUAUGCUGGCCCCCCUGGACCUCAAGGAUUGAAUGGAGCCGACGGUCAGCCCGGUCCUCAGGGUUAUCCUGGGCAAAAGGGAGGCACUGGAAUGCCCGGUCGUCCUGGUGGCGAAGGCUUGCCCGGACAGAAAGGCGAGAAAGGUAUCGGUGGACGAGACGGACCCCAGGGACCGGUCGGACCCGUUGGACACCCCGGACCCCCGGGACCCGAGGGACAGAAGGGUGACUCUGGCCAGCCUGGCUAUGGUAUUCAAGGACCAAAAGGAAACGACGGAUAUCCUGGACGUCCAGGACUUCCUGGAGCCAAGGGUGAGCGCGGUUUCAAGGGUGUAGCUGGUGUUCCCGGAGAUUCGAAACUGGGUCGUCCCGGAGAGACUGGUAUUGCUGGACAACCAGGUCAGAAGGGUGAUGCCGGUCGGCCCGGCACUCCUGGCCAAAAAGGAGAAAUGGGUCUUAAGGGUGAUGUUGGCGGCAAGUGCUCGCUAUGUCCUCAGGGCCAAAAGGGAGACAAGGGAACCCGCGGUUUGGACGGCAUUCCCGGAAACACUGGAGCACGUGGACCACCUGGCGAGCGAGGAUAUCCCGGCGAACGUGGAUCUGACGGUAUCAACGGUCAAACGGGUCCUCCCGGCGAACGCGGAGUAGACGGCGUACCCGGUGUUCCCGGAGCUGUUGGCGAACCUGGUGAAGCAGCUAUUGAGGAUUUGAGCCUGGUGGCGCCUCUCAGGGGUGAUAAGGGUAAUCCCGGUCAUCCCGGCGCUGCAGGAGUAAAAGGAGAACGAGGACGUGACGGUGUACCUGGCCUGCCUGGUAUUAAGGGAGAAAAUGGUAUCAAGGGCGAGAAGGGUCUUACCGGAUUCCCCGGAGCUGAUGGAACUCCCGGAGCCCCGGGACGUGACGGCUAUAACGGAGCUCCUGGCCUCACCAUCAAGGGAGAGCCUGGUACCCGUGGCUAUGAUGGACUGAAGGGAGACAAGGGUACCUCUGGAUAUGUCGGCCAGAAGGGAGAGCCCGGAACCUGCGAGGCUAGCGAACUUAAGAUCCCCGCCAAGGGCAACAAGGGAGAGCGUGGUGAGACCGGAAUGCCAGGACCUGAAGGACCGAAGGGCGAAAAGGGUAACUACGGACUACGUGGCGAAAAGGGUGCCACCGGUCCCCAGGGCCCAGUUGGGCCUGUCGGACCACGUGGCUUGACUGGACCGCGAGGCGAAAAAGGACACGCUGGACCCAUCGGUGCCCCUGGUAACGCCGGAAAGAACGGACUCCGUGGCCUGCCCGGUCGCGAUGGAGCACGUGGUCAGAAGGGAGAGCAAGGUAUCCCAGUGGCCGGUCCACCUGGACCUCAGGGUCUCGACGGUCUGCAAGGCGAGAAAGGUGUUCGUGGCCAGCCCGGACCUCAGGGCUUGCCCGGAGCUGAAGGCAGUAUUGGAUAUCCCGGAGAUAAGGGUGAUGCUGGUUUCCCCGGAACGCCCGGCCGCACUGGUGCUGUUGGUGAAAAGGGAGACGUGGGUCCCCUUGGACCACCCGGUGUUCCUGGACCUCCCGGUGUACCCGGUAUCGAUGGAGUACGUGGUCGUGACGGCGCCAAGGGUGAACCCGGCAAUCCUGGCCUGGUCGGUAUGCCCGGAAACAAGGGUGAUCGUGGAGCCCCUGGUAACGACGGACCCCGAGGUUUCAGCGGCCUCGCUGGACAGCCUGGUAAACGUGGAUCCCCCGGAAUUCCCGGUGUUCCCGGCGCAAAGGGUGAGAAGGGAAAUAUUGGCUUAACUGGAAUCUCUGGAGCCGUCGGUGGUCGGGGUGCUCCUGGACCCCCGGGAAUAAUGGGCGUCAAGGGUGACCAAGGCCCAAUCGGUGCCCCCGGUGAGCCUGGAUUGGACGGCUUGAACGGCGAGAAAGGUAACCAGGGUCUUCCUGGUUUGGAUGGAGCUCCUGGUCUGCCUGGUGAUGCCUCCGAAAAGGGACAAAAGGGAGAGCCAGGUAUCUCUGGACUGCGAGGAAUUCAGGGACUUACCGGCGAACCAGGUUUACCCGGAGAGAAGGGCUUGCCCGGAGUGCCUGUGCACGGCCGUCCUGGUCCCCAGGGCGAGAAAGGUGACACCGGACGCAAUGGCUUUGAUGGAGCGGAUGGCGUGAACGGAGAGAAGGGAGACCAAGGUGUCGCUGGUGUAUGGGGCGUCAAGGGCGAUAAAGGAGCCACCGGCCUGGCCGGUAACCCCGGACAACCCGGACUCGAUGGUCAGCCAGGUGUACAGGGUGCUCCUGGAGCCCCUGGCUACCCCGGUGCUCAAGGAUAUAAGGGAGAUGCUGGACUUGCCGGUUUGGAUGGAUUAAAGGGUGAAACCGGACCGAUUGGACCUCAAGGAUACCCCGGACCCAUUGGCAUUAAGGGCGAGCGUGGACCCCGUGGUCAGCCCGGUCUACCCGCCAUUAUUGAUAUUCCGAAACUGCGAGGCGACAAGGGAGAGCGUGGAGAGAUCGGUCUGACCGGACAGAAGGGAGAGCGCGGCGAGCAAGGAGCUCAGGGCGCGAUCGGCUACACCGGAGCGAAGGGAGACCAAGGCUUGGAGGGACCUCGUGGUCUCAAUGGAUUGAAUGGAGCUCCUGGUCUGAAGGGUGAUAUCGGACCUCAAGGCGAGCCUGGCUAUCCUGGUCAGUCCAUCAAGGGUGAGAAGGGUCUGCCCGGACGUUCAGGCAAGCACGGACGUGAGGGAAUCACUGGACCUCCUGGCAUCAAGGGUGAUCGCGGUCUGCCUGGUUUGCCCGGAGAGCCGGGUUUGGUUGGUCUUCCUGGACGUGUCGGCCCCGCUGGUGCCAAGGGAGAGCGUGGUCUGACCGGUAGUCCCGGUCAACCUGGACGUGAUGGCUUCAACGGCGCUGCUGGACUUAAGGGUGAGACUGGAUACCAGGGUAUCAAGGGUGACCGUGGUGAGCCUGGAGAAAUUGGACAGAAGGGCGCUAAGGGCGACCAGGGAUACCAAGGACCUCCUGGUCUGGCUGGAGCUACUGGACCCAAGGGUGAUACUGGCUAUCCCGGCUUGAACGGAUCCGAUGGACCUCCGGGUGCCCCCGGCGAGCGCGGCUUCCCCGGACCCAAGGGCCUCAACGGACGGGAUGGCAUUCCUGGCCAGCCCGGCCAGAAGGGUGAGCCCGGUGUACGACCACCACCUGGACCCAAGGGAGAGCCUGGUCAGCCAGGCCGUGACGGAGAGAAGGGUGAGCCCGGACCAGAGGGUCAAAGGGGAUUGAUCGGAAUCCAGGGCGAGCGUGGUGAGAAGGGAGAGCGUGGUCUGAUCGGUCAGAGCGGUCUGGUCGGACGUCCCGGACCCAAGGGUGAUCGCGGAGAGCAGGGUCUGAUUGGUCUGGAAGGUGCCAUCGGUCUGCAGGGCCUGAAGGGAGAGCCAGGUGCACCAUGCACCGCCGCUUUGGACUACCUCACCGGCAUCCUGGUGACCCGUCACAGUCAGAGCGAGCAGGUACCCACGUGCUUCGCGGGACAAACUCAACUCUGGACCGGCUACUCUCUGCUGUAUAUCGACGGCAACGAUUAUGGUCACAACCAGGACCUUGGCUCGCCCGGAUCCUGUGUGCCCAAAUUCUCAACACUGCCCAUGCUGUCCUGUGGCCAGAAUAACAUCUGCAACUACGCGUCGCGUAACGACAAGACCUUCUGGCUGUCCACCUCCGCCCCUCUGCCGAUGAUGCCCGUGGAGAACUACGAGAUCAACAAGUACAUCUCCCGCUGCGUCGUUUGCGAGGCGCCUGCCAACGUAAUCGCCGUGCACAGUCAGUCUCUGGAUAUUCCCAACUGCCCCAACGGCUGGGAGGGUCUCUGGAUCGGCUACAGUUUCCUUAUGCACACUGCCGUGGGUAAUGGCGGUGGUGGUCAGGCGCUGCAAUCGCCUGGCUCCUGCUUGGAGGACUUCCGUGCCACUCCGUUCAUCGAGUGCAACGGCGCCAAGGGUACUUGCCACUUCUUCGAGACGAUGACCAGCUUCUGGAUGGUCACUCUGGAGAACAACGAUCAGUUCCAGAAGCCCGAACAGCAGACGAUCAAGGCCGGCAACCUGCUGACCCGCGUCUCCAGGUGUCAAGUCUGCAUGAAGAACUCGUCGUAGGACCGGAUCGGAUCCGCAGGCACCUCACAGACACCCCAGCACAGCAUAAGUUUAAUCUAAAUGUAAAGCCCUAAAUAUACCAACGAACACACAACACAAAACAACAAACAAACAAACAAACAAACACACACAGACGAACCAACACUGCUACAAAUUCCUUAAACUAACCAAAAAAAAACAAAGAAAAUAGGGAUCGGAUAGGUCAAAGUGCUAUGUUGACCCCGGGACCUUAAUGCCAUUUUUGUAUCUGCCAAUUAAUGUUCUAAACAAAUGUAAACUGCUUCUAAGUUACGUUACGUAAGUUAAGUAAAUGAAAGAAAUAAACUAGCCACGGUCGUAUGUCCACAAAAAAUAAAAAACAAUAAUAAUAUGUACUAUAUGUAUACCAUCAAUGUUCCAUCAAGGCACGUUCCAUUUUUUAGCAUCCGAUUAAAUGCGAAUGAAUGCAUUAUAUAUGAGAGAAUACCAUAUAACGAUUAUCGAAAUCUAUCCACUGACAUAGACCGUCUCCUCAACUGCUAAACACAACUUUGUCGCUUAUUGUUUACGUUUAUGAAAUAAACAAAAAAUGGUAAAAUAAAGAAAAUUUUUAAAAAUAAAA